GUCACAGUCCAAGUGUCAGACAUGGUGUGAGUUUUCUAAAAGUUUUUAUAUCACUGAGCUCAAGGAGAGGCCGUUGUCAACAUAUACGAUGAUAAAUUUGUUUGAUUGAUAAAUGUAUACAUCAUACAUUUAUCAAGCAAGUAUGGUACAGAGCAUGAAACAUAUGUAUUUCUCUUUUUUCUACCGAUUACAUUUUACAUUACCGAUUAUUUGCACUGACAGCUGUCAACUGUUUGUUGAUCUGUGAAUACACAGAGUAUACAUUUUUAUGGCCGGCCGGCAUAUAUUAUCUGGGUAAAAACGAGGCGCCAAUUUUUAUGUAGUAUUGUUGAAAGGGAAAUAAUUGUAAUAUUGUAAUGGAAACUGUUGAUAAGGUGAUAUGAAUACAUGUUAUUGAAUGACACCAAAUGGUUUCGUUUUCCAAUGAUAUUUGAUGUUUUGAUACGAUGCCAAACACUAUAGUGUACUUGUAGUCAUGUAUACCUUGGUUUCUUAAUAAUGGAGACUGACUGCAUUUACCUACUUUCUUUUUCAUCCUUUCUAAAUAUUUGAAUUAUAUAAACUACAAUAAUGGUUGUGAUAAAAUGGAGAUUUCGAUGGAGAGAAAUAUACCGACGGAUUAAGGGCAAUGUAUUACAACAUUACUCUGAAACAGCUCUUGCAAUACGUUCAUUGACCUAUAAUGAACAUAUGAGUCUGAAUUACAUCAUUGACUGUUUGUUGGAACCAAUUUUCUGGUUUGUUGAUAAUUUUGCAAAAUACUUAGGAAAGGUGUUUGUGUUCUGUGUCUCAAUUUUGACCUCUGCGGUUGUAGCCAUAGCCUAUUGGGUUGGCCUGCCCUACUGGUGGCAGAUAUGUCCCUACACUACAUUAUUUCUGGUGGUGUUUGGCAACUGGUUGCUUUUGAAUAUAGUAUUUCAUUAUUAUAUGGGAGUAGUUACCAAACCAGGAUAUCCCCCACAUGGUUCAAUGAUAACGGAAGCAGCUAGUAUUUGCAAAAAGUGUAUCUCACCAAAACCAGCUCGCACUCACCAUUGUUCAGUAUGUGACCGGUGCAUCCUGGCGAUGGACCACCAUUGCCCAUGGCUCAAUAAUUGCGUUGGUUACUACAACGCCCGACAUUUCUUCCUCUACAUGGCAUAUAUGGUGGCAGGGGUAACCUUUGUUAUAAUAGCUGGAUUGGAUAUCGGCUAUCAAGUGUUAUGGGUAAAUGACACAGGUGGCCUUAUCCCAAACAACGACCCUGAUCUAAUUGGGCACCCGGUGCGAGUCAACCAGUCAGGGGUGCUUGUACCUGUGAAGGUGAUAGUGGAGUAUGACUCCAUAAACUUCCCCCGGGAGCACGACUUGCCAGUUCCCCCACUCACUGAGGCGCAAAGAAUUUGCGCUCACCCCUGGAAGAGAAAAGCUGUUAUGUUCAUGGCAGUCACGUGCCUGGCUGUACUCUUAGCACUCGGGGUGCUAAGCACCAUGCAUGGAAAAAAUAUCAGCAGAGGAGAAACAAGUGUAGAAGCACACAUAAAUGAGAAAGUAAGGAAAACACACAAGUCGUUUAGGAAUCCAUACAAUUUUGGAAAAAAGAAGAAUUGGAAAUUGUUCCUCGGACUGACCCAAGGUAGAACAUUUUUCAGACAUGUCUUAUUUCCUUCGCGUCACCGACCGCCAGGCAAUGGGCUGACCUGGCACACUGUACAUAACGUCUCAGAAGACUGGCCUUGAGCAGCAUUCCUUGAGAAGUACUCUCGUUUAUUACAUAACCAGCCUUUUCAUUAGGCUCCACCAGAGGGUCUUUUUUACAAACUUCGUAGCCGCUUAUGGGGGCUGUGACUAGUCUUGUCAUUAAAAUUAAUCCAACAUUAGAAGUAAAAACUUAAUAGAACAGUCUGUAUUGGUAAUAAAUUUGCUAUUAUUAAGAUUACUCGUAUUGGACUAGUUGAUUGAUAUCGGCUUCCCGAAUUCUUUUUAAUGGCAAUAAAUAAAUCAUGAUAAUAUUAUUGUAUUAUAUAGUGAUAGACAUUUGUGGAUAAAAACUCUGACAUAAAUCUGUGACGAAUGUGCUAGUCAUAUCGUGCAAUAAUGUAAUUCACGCUUGCACAUUCAUAAUAAUAAUGUAGUUAGGGUCUGCAAUAACCACUUUGUGAUAAUAUAUUUUAAUCUCAUAGAUAAUUGCUCUGUCAUCAGCAUAAACUUGGUGUGGACCAAACUAUAGCUCUUCGCUAAGAUAUUACACAAUUGUGACGUCACCUUAGUUAUUAUUUAGUCCACCAGUAUUUAGUUCAUUUAGUCACCAAAAAAGUGUGAUUUUAUUUGUUCACUAAAUAAUGUUUCUAAUAAUAUAAGAGCCGAAUCGAAUUGUCAUCAAAACAAAAAAAUGUCUUCUACCCUAUUGAAACUUAAUUAUGUGUGCCGACAUAACGGCUAUUUCUAGUUUAGAUUUUGAUAUCUAAUUGUAAAUAAAUAAUAAAUGCCAAGUAUAUAUCUCAUUAAUUUGCGUUUAGACAGGUUGUAGAUUUUGAAGUCAUGGAUCACUAUUGUCAAUUACUAUCGCUACCCAACAUUUGUGUUAUUUAUGUGUAUCAAUGUCAUCUAUAUCUGAAUAUUGGAAAUUUUUGUGUAAACACGAUAUAUUGGUUUCAAUCAUCCGCGAUACAAUUAUAAUAUUUAUUAAGUAUUAUAUUGAAAUGGUCGACAAAUUGAUGUGUUUAGUCUAAUUGAAGUCAUGAUGAUGUAUUAUAUGUAUUAUAGACUUUAAAUAUUGCUACUUUGUUACUAAACCGGCAAAGGUAUCUAUUAAAAUCCGUGUUGUAAGACUGUUGUAAUAAUGUAGGUAUUAUUAUAUAUUUGGGAAAACUAAUAUUAUCUAAUGAAAUCCUCUAUCUAGUUCAGCAUCUCUGUAUUUUUUAGUUUUCUGUAUAAAUUUUAAAAAUUGAUAAAAUUACGGUGGUCAGAAAAAAUAUAAGAUUGGUCCUCUGUGGUGAUAGAAACCGUGAUGACCAGGCCGCGAUUGUCAAGUGGGCCUUAGUUACCUACUGACUCAUACCUUAUGUAUAUUCUAGAAGUGAAAUAAAACAUAAGAUAAUUUUAA